AUGAUAGUUGUUCUACCUGGAUCAACUACAAGACUAAAGUGGUCAUUUAAGAACAAUUCUCAAGCUACUCUGAUUUGGCAUUUCAUAAGAAGAGGUGCUUUAGGGGAAGAGGCACUUGCUGUAAAGAUUGGCACUAAUGAUCUUAUAAUACCUUCAAGCAGCUUAACUGGGGUUGCAAUAGAAACGCCAGCAACGUUGGUUCUAAAGAACGUUAAUGAACGUUAUAAUGGAAAAUACCGGUUUACCGUUCAAGUAUCUGGUGGGGUUCAUAGUGCUGAAAUUGAGGUUUUUAUUUUAGGUACGUUUUGUUGAAAAGUAGCUAAAAUUUGAGAUAUUCUUAAAAUUCUGGGAUAUAUUUAUUGUAAAAAAAAGAAAAUAUGCAAAUUAGGCAAAAAGUUUCGGCAGCUAUUUGAAGAACUGAAUAUUGAGCAAAUUUUCUGAUAUUUGGACCAUUAAUAAAACACAUAACAAAUUUUUCGCCCAUGAAUUCGAAAUGCGUUUAAUUUUAACGUUUUAAAUAUCGCGCGCAAGCUAUUCUUAAUGCUGCUAAAAAAGAGACCCCUUGAUUUGGAAAAUUUAUCUUUACGAACUGUUUAUUCUACAUUAUAAGUACCCAAACAAUCUAUAUUUAUCAAAAAUUCCAUGAGAUGAAGGGAUUUGUGAAAUUGAGAGCUAUUUCAAAAUUGUCUACUUUUUUCUGAUACAUCCUUUUAUCCCGAAUACCUUGGGAAUAUAAAACAUUCAUUAAAGUGUUUUCCAAAUAAAUUAGAAAUUUGGUCAUGUGACACCAGCCCUCUGACACCAGCCUUUGCCAAGGAAUUCUUUCCUCGCCUCUGCCUCCUCCGCAGGGGACGGUCACACACAAUCUGGCGAGGGCCUGCGGAAUCUUGUAAAAAAAAAUGGCACCGGCGUGACGUCAGCAAAUAAAUUUAUACAUAAUCUUGAAUAUAAACAGGCUAUAAAAAAGCGGCGUGAAGCUUGUAAAUUAAAAUGGCGACUCUGAGGACAUGGACGGAAGCAUUUUUUAACGAUAAGGUUUCUUGUCCACACAAACGUUGCGCGCAUAAAACUGCCUUCUUUCUUCUUUAACGAAGCAGGUUUAGAACAACAUUUAUUCAUUUUACAAGAUUCCGCAGGCCCUCUCGAAACCGUGACCUUCCCAUGACACAACGAGGGCCUGCGGAGGAAGCAGCCCUCGCCUCCCAACGCGACCCUGGGGACGAGGAUAUACUUAUAUGUGUUUUAUAUAUAAAAACAUUGCCAUUGUACUCCUCUGUGAAGAAUCACCUUUUCCUUCUCUUUUUUGCGACAAUAUAUUAAAGUGCAUAUGAAACGAAAAGUCUUGUUGCCGUUACUUAAAAAGAACUAUAAAAACUAUAGAGUGACUUCUUUUGCAGUUAUUUGUUCCAUUGCUUCGUUUUCCAGACAUUUCAGCUAGUUUGAUAUAAGUGUCAAACAUCGCAAAUAUGCAUAAUAUAAAGUUUGCUGAAAAUGUUAUAUUCUUGAUAUUAUGAAGUGAAAUUGCUGGAGAAUCCAUUAUUUAAUGUUGUAGAACAACACAUAUUCACAACAUACUUAUAUAAUGCGAAUUUGUUUGAUAAUAGCAGGGAUAUACAACUUAAUUAAUCUGACAACUCAUUGUGCAUUCUGUGACGUAGAAACACAACCUCGUACCCGGGACCUGCCCGCCCGAUAUUUUAAUAUGGCCGCCAAAUUAAGAUGGCAGAUAUUUUGGCUUUAAAGUAAUUUAACUCGUAAACGACAUCGACGACCGCCAAAUUUUAUUCUAUAAAAUGAUUUCUUUUAGUUUGCUCCAUUAUUUUGACAAUUUAAAAAAAUCUGCUGAGCCAAAAAAAAUUCAGAUAUUAUAGUAUGAACAAUUACAUUCACGUAAUUCGAAAAAUUUCGGUUCAACAGAAUUUUUUAAAUUAUCAAAAUAAUUGACAAUAUACUAAAAGAAAUCAUUUUAUGAAAUAAAAUUUGGCGGUCAUCAAUAUCGUUUACGAGUUGAAUUACUUUAAAGCCAAAAUAUCCGCCAUUUUGAAACGUCAUUGUUGCCAUAGCAACGGCAGUUGCGUAACUUUUGUGAAAAAAUUCAAACCCGUUUUACAUCAGUGAGAUACCUUUUGUUUUUCAGCAAGUAAAUAAUUCUCUAAAAAUACUGAUCUAAAUCGUGAAUUUUCUAUUUUUAAAAAACAGUAUCCAGCCAUGCAUGCACUUUAAGCUUUGCUGUAAACCUACAAAAUGACUUACUGAACAUGAUUUCUUUAUAUUUCAGAAAAGCCAAAUGUGAAAGUCAGUAAUUGUUCCAGUCCUAUCACAGUGAAUGAAGGUGAUAAUGUCACAUGUGAAUGUACAGAACAAGGUGGAAACCCUCCAGCGAAUGUGACUUGGUAUAAAAAUGGGAUGCAGUUUGGUAACACAAGUUAUGAAGAGAAUACAUUAAUUCUCACUAAUGUGAAUGAAACACACAAUCGAAUAUACACGUGCAAAGCUCAGAGCUACAAUCUGUCAGAUGAAAAAACAAUUGAAGUAAAUGUAAGACUUAAUUGUAAGUAUAUGUAUAUGAUCGAUAUUCAAGUCAAAUAUAUUAUAUAUGCAGUAUAAUGUCCAAGCCUACUGUCCCGAUUACCUUUACAGUAAUAGUCACAUGAUAUCAUCAAAUUAACAGGGAUACGCGAAAACUGCUCAAGCCUAAACCCUUUGUUGUGUUGGUAUUAAUUGAAUGACCUCACGCAGUCAGUGUGAGCUUUUAACCGGCAGUCAAGAUUAGGGGGAAUAUAGCUAACGAUUCAAAUGAAAGAUUGUGUGCAAUGACAUCAACAUUGGCCGUUUUGACUGUUUUGAUGUCAAUAAAAUUACAUGUUGAAAGUCUCAUUUAGGAUCUAAAAUUAUUAUGUCAAUAAAAUUACAUGUUGAAAGUAUAAUUAUACUCAUUUAGGAUCGAAAAUUAACUGGAAGUAGUUGUACGAAAUGGGUCGCGGGCUGCAAUUAUCUUGUGCCCUUGCAUCUUUUUGUGUUGUAACUGGGGAAGCGUUGAUUGAAUCAAAACCAAAUUAUUUGUAUGACUUCAUGUGUUUUUUAUUGAGGGUCCUAAAGUGGGUGUAUUCCCAUUUCCCAGCCCAAAUGUUGACUAAAUCCCAUUGUCUCAGAGCACAAAUUCCAUCAUAUCAGUGGCUGUCCUGCUCAAAUCUUAAUCCCAUUCCCAUUUUCUAUUGUUUUUAUGCGGAUUAAUCCCAGUCCCAGUGCAUGAAAUCCCAUUUUCCCACCCAAAAAUAAGCAAAUCCCAGUUCCCAUUUUACCCCUUCAGGACCCUUUUUAUUGACAAAACACAGCGUCUGCAUGUGCGAGGCUGGACAAAACAAGUUAUUAUACGAAUCUCUUCUAGUUGUUAAGCAAUUUGCACUAUUUCUCCGACGCCGAAACCCCGGUUUCGUUUGCUUUGUUUAUAGCUACCAUAAUUGAGAAGAGUGUACAGUGUGCAUGUUGUACCGGUUAAUACACGUUUUUGCUAGCCUGCACUUUAGUGCAGUGCAGUAGAGCCAGGGUUUAUUCUAAGAAUAAUUUACAACUCCAGUAAUUAAGAGGAGAUCCAGACCUACUGUAUUGACCUGCAUUAUCCCUGAGAAUAACUAGGAAGGCUUUUUUGAAUUUGGUGUGGUCUUCAUCUUACUUAUUCUCUAGUUACACUGUGACCCUGUCACAACAACUGUUAGUCUGUUAGUCACUUUUUGAUGUGGUGAAGUCAGACAGGUAAUAGGUAAUAUACAUUCAGGGCAUGGGUUCUUAUUGGGUCAAUGGUUGGGCAAUCAAUUGGGUCUUGAAAGAAGGGCAUUUGUACUUGUUAUUAUAUAAGCUUUAGUGUAAAAUAAUUUUAUAUUUCCAUAUAAACUGAUGACAUACUUCAUAAACUUUUAACAUCUUAGGAAAUAUAAAAUAUGACCUACGAGUGAGUUUAGCAAAAUCUCAGGUCAAAUACUUUUCCAUUUAGCAGUCACAAUUAAUAUUAUUUUACUUCUGGAUUUUAUAAAAAUAAGUAAAAUGUUUUCCCCUGCUGACAGAGAAUUAAGUGACAAAAUCUAUCAACGUGUGAAACUGAUAAGAGAUAACGACGAAUAAAAUUACUUCAGACUUCUCAAUUUAGUCAAUAGACUCAAUACCUUCGGCUUUCACUUUCCAGAAAGUUGAUAAAGCAAUGUAAAUAUUGAUGAAGAACUUUCAAGAAGAACUUCUCAAAACGUCUCUGCUACAAUAGAUGUCAAGAGUGGAAUGGCUUCUGCUAUAAUACUUCUUGUAAAAAUUCAAAGGAAGAGCCUAGUGAAAUCAACUUUCCUUGAAAGGCAUUGCCCUUAGUAUUCCACGAGAAAGGCGAGUUCAUCACCUUUUUGUGCCAGCCUUAAGAGAUCUAACAACGGUGUGGAAAGAAAUUAUUUAUUGCCUUGUGGAAUUUCUAGAUCAGAGAUUAAAUUUGGUGUUGAUCAGAAGAUAUUGAAAGUGGAUAAACCUUUUAUUGCUUUAAAGCCUGAUGCUGAUAUCAAGGAAUUCAUGAAUAUGUUCAGACCGUUAAUAAAAUUUUCUCUCAAAUUUAACAGCAUUGUAUUGGUGUAACAUCACCAGAGCUGAUACGUAUAUAUACUCUCCAAAGCCUACGUUUAGCUCAGAUGGGACAGUAUUUGGCAAGAAAACGAAACAUUUACCUCAAUAUUGCAUGUCAUAAACAUUGCCGGAAUAUAUGGGCAGCAAAACCUCACUCGUGCGAUGUUGAAAGGUUAAUCAGUGCAUGUAAUCUUGUAAAAACAUCGCUGAGGAAUUCUAUUGAUGUCGAAACACAAAAUCUUUAUGUGUAUGUUCACUUCAAUAUGCCAACUCUUGAAGAAUUGGAUCAAAGAAUGUGUGUUGUGAGAUGGCUGCAACAAAGGCAACGCAGAAACAAGGAAACUGAUAAAGCACGUUAUCAACGAUGGUUCAAAUGUGUGUUUGAAGAAGCAACUGAGAAGAAAGAACACACAAGCGAUGACAUGGUGGAUCAACAUGUAAAACAAAAUAAGAAUGCCAAACUGUUUUGA